GAUAGUGAUUCAGUUUUGCGCGAUCGCUUGAUACAAAAUGGUGGACCGAGGAGGGGUGCGAUACUAGACAUAACAAAUAUACGUAACUUCGAUAGAAAGUGACGCGAGGACAGUUUUACAACCAGUGACGCGUCGCUAAUUAAACAGGUGACAAUUAAUCAGCCAUCAUGAAGUACCAUAUGAGGUUAAAGUGUCAUACGAUAUUGGUAUUGUGUUACGCUGUCUUAUCGACAGCUGAUCAAGAAUAUGACAAUAAACUAACGAAACUUUGGUCGAUGUCCAGUGCCUCGAAUAGUGAUGGUUCAGCUGUUUUAAAUGUGACUAGUGCUUCAAUUGUGAUACCUUCGAAUUACAAUAGUGACCCAAUCGUUGCUAGAACAUCGAGAGUACCACAAAAUUUUAAACCAUACGCGUUCCGGCCCCGUGCGAUACCACUGAAAAAAAUCGAACAGCCAUCACAGGAAAAGAGUGUUUAUUACACGCAAGAUAACAAAUAUAAAGCCGAGAUACUCUUCCCUGGUAAUUACUUCGCAAUUCCCAAAGAGAAAAGUAUUGAAGAAAAACGUUCCGCGUACAAUCCUUUAAGUGGUGAGCAGUUCGAACCGAAAGCGAUACCCUUGUUACGGGGCCAGGGUUUUGAGAAGCGAUCGCUUGAUGUUAACGUAGAACCGAAUGUAGAUAAGUCUGAUGAGAUUCCGGAUCAACAAGCGUCAAGGAGAUCAUUGUCAUAUAUCUUAGGAGCAGAAGAAGACGAAGACAGUGAGGACGAAGAUGGCGAAUACGAAGAAGAAGACGAUACUGUACUCCAAAAAGAAGACGACAUCAAAUCGAAGCAUAAGAUCCCACACAAGAUCAAGCACAAGAUAAAGAAAGUGAAGAAGUAUUCGAAAUACAUGAUGCCCUUGCUUCUAGCGUAUAAAUUAAAAUACUUUGCGCUAAUUCCUGUAAUGAUGGGUGGUUUGAUCCUGUUAGUAGGUGCUACAGGUCUUGCUGGUUUCUUCUUUGCCUUAUUUGCAGCUGUUAUGGGUUUGCAAAAGGGUGGUUAUUAGAUAGUUCAUAAGUAGUCGACGUUCUCGCAGAUGCCAUCAGAUUUAGGUAGAUGUUUUAAUGUUUGUUAGCCCUUAAUCUUAACCCUACUGGGUGAAAUUAUAAUUGAUGUCGAAUUUUUAUCGGCGCUUAAACUGUUGUACUUUAUUUAUGAUUUUAUUUUUCAACUCGUAUUUUCAAUAGAAUUUUAUUUUUUAUUUGUAUCGUUUAUUUUUUUUUAAUUUUCUGUUUUUUAAUCAGUCUCAAAACUUUUGUAAAUAUAAUUCGCUAAUUAAGUAAUAUAAAAUAAUUUUAAGUUAUUUAUUUGAUAAUUCAUUUAUUUAUUACUUUUGAUUUAGCGAAAGAAACGAGUGAAAAGGUUAUUUAUAUAGUUACCAUUAAAUUAUGUAUACGAUUGGUA